AUACAAUCUCACUUUCAUGUAUUUUUGAUCGCAAUGCGAAUGUAGUUGGCUUGCACAUAGUAAUUCUAUUCUUUUCUUUCAUUCAACUGUCUUACUAGUCCAUGCAUGCUCUUAUUCGGACGACAAGGAGCCUCGGCCGAACCCUCCCCUUACACACUCGAAGAUGUCUUAGUGAUCGAGGUUACAGCUCAUUGAGAGUUCGGCCCCUGGCGUUACCGUCAAUCGCUUUAGGCUUCUUCUACCAACGAAAUACACCACAAAACACGAGUACUCAGUCACGAUUCAUUACAUCGACGUCAGAGGUCAUUUUCAAGGAAGACACCAUCUAUGCCUUGUCAACAGCACAAGGCCGGGCCGGCAUCGCCGUAAUACGCAUUUCUGGUCCCGGAUGUAUAGAUGUCUACAAAGGCCUAUGCCCGAACAAGGCAUUGCCAAAACCUCGAUAUGCAUCAGUCAGAACCCUCGUAGACGGCCAAGCCGGCGAGGAGGCACCAAUCUUGGAUUCAAACGCCUUGGUGCUGUACUUCCCCGGACCCAAGACAGUGACCGGAGAAGACGUCCUAGAACUUCACGUCCACGGCGGCCCCGCAACAUUUAAGGCAGUCCUCGCCGCGAUCCCGCGAUGCGCCUCCACCUCCGAAAGCAGCAGCAGCAGCAUCAUUCGCUACGCCGAACCAGGCGAGUUCACCAAACGAGCCUUCCUCAACGACAGACUCGACCUCGCACAGGUGGAGUCCCUGGGCGACACCCUCUCCGCCGACACGGAGCAACAGCGACGGGCCGCCGUGCGCGGCAGCUCGGGCAGUCUGGGGAGAACCUACGAAGGUUGGCGCGAGCAGCUCCUCCUGGCUAGAGGCGAGAUCGAGGCCCUCAUCGACUUCUCCGAGGACCAGCACUUUGACGAGUCCCCCGCAGAGCUGAUGAGCAACGUCAGCGCGCUCGUCGCCGACAUGCGGCACCGUAUCGGUGUCCACGAGCGCGCGGGCCAGCGGAGCGAGCUCCUCCGAAAUGGCAUUCGCAUCGCGCUGCUUGGUCCGCCCAACGUCGGCAAGAGCUCGCUGAUGAAUCUCGUCGUCGGCAGGGAGGCAUCCAUUGUCUCGAUGGAGGCUGGCACGACGCGGGAUGUUGUCGAGGUCAGCCUCGAUAUCCGGGGGUAUCUCUGCUCCUUUGCGGAUACGGCUGGCAUCAGGACGAGACUUGCUGCCGGUGGUGGUGGCGGUCUCUCUGAACCUGCGUUGGGCCUGGUUGAAGAGGAAGGUAUCCGGCGCGCGAAGCAAAAGGCCUCGGAAUCCGACAUCAUCAUCGUCUUAGCGGCCGUCGAGCCCAGCCCUGGCCCCGACGGCGGCUUCCACAUCAACUAUGACGCGGAGACGCUACAACUGGCGUCCGAAGCGCAGGCCUGCUUGAUCGUGGUCAAUAAGCGCGACGCCGUCGACGCCGCCACCUUCUCCAGCCUCCUUGAGCGCUUCAGAAACGAAACAGCCUCUCGAAUACCAAAUCUCCGCACAGCGGAGAUCAUCGCAAUCUCCUGCCGCGAGGCUGAAGCGCAAGCCAAGUCCCCCUCCGCCAGUGGCAGCGCCGGUCAAAAAGACCCGGGCGCGAUCCACGGGCUCAUCGACCGCCUGGUCGAGUCGUUCGCCGGCAUGACGGCCCUCCCCGUGGACCAGCAAGACCUGCUGGGCGUGACGGCUAGGCAGGCGCAGCUGCUCGAGCAGUGUCGUGGGUUCCUGGACGAGUUCAUGGCUGUCGCGCACCCUGAAGAAGAGGGAGAAGACGGUGGCGAGGAGCCUGAUAUUGUCCUGGCGGCGGAACACCUGCGUUAUGCGGCAGAUAGUCUUGCCAAGAUUACGGGGCGCGUCGAGGCCGGGGAUGUGGAAGAGGUUCUCGGUGUGAUUUUUGAAAAGUUUUGUGUAGGAAAAUAGUGAUUAGACUACUAUCGAAUCCCGGACGGCGAAGUCCUCAUAUAUCUAAAUCUAAUCUGUCGUAGACAAAGGAGAAAUAGGAGAAAUAGAGGAGAGAAGAAGAAGAGAGAUGCGAAUCAAAUCCGUCAACGCCGACCCAAUGCGACAAAAGAAACUAUUCCUCUUCGGGAAGAGGCACGCCAUGCUUGCUAUGCAGUCCCAAAUUCCAAUGAAAGAAGAGAGAGGAGGGGAAAGAAGGAGUGUGAUCCGUCGCGAUGCUACCAUUUACCCCAAACUCCGGCCCAAUGCAUGAGAUAAGAAAAGAAGAAGAAGGAUCGCCGCCGCCAGAACCCUUUGAAGCCCAAGCCCUCCAUGCUCGCGCAAGGAAAGCAAAGGGCAGGGUUGGCGGACGGAUGCAAGUGUUGAAAACGCCGGUCUAAUGCUGAUAGAAUAAAAAAUGUCGAGCUCGCAUGUCUGAUGCGGCGGGACUCGCUGUCUUAUUCAAGACAUUGAGAUAGCUGCGGCAGGAAGAUUGAAGGAUGCGAAGCCGGUAGCCGAGUCCUCGUGGGAUCAAAGAACCCAGGAGGGCCGUGGUGCGAAGGAAGGGUAAGACGCUUAUUUGUCCUCCUCGUCGUCGCCAUCCUUGUUGUAGCCGGAGCGGCCCUUGUUCUGGCCCUCGUCGUCGUCAUCGCCGUCCUUGUUGUAUCCGGAGCGGCUGCGGUCGUUCUUCUCCUCGUCGUCGCCGUCCUUGUUGUAGCCUGAGCGUCCGUAGACGGCGGUGGCGGGAGUGAACAGAAGAGUGAAGGCGGCCAUUGUGGUUGAAUUUGUGGGUUUUGUGUGUAUUGGAGGAAAUUGAGUCUUAGGUGGAAGGCGAGGUAGAUGGAUUGUCGAUGGUGUAAGUGGUUGAUGUUUGUUUGUAUAAGAAUGGAUACUUGAGAUUGUUCUAGGAUUGUAUGAGAGCUGUGUCUAAGCUUGUGAUGCUGGGUUGUGAAUGUGAUGAUGGAUCAUAUUCCUGCCUCAGAUGGGGAUAUAUCGAGUAGUUUAUAUAGGCCUCAAGGCAUCCAUAUUCUCUUUCAUAUCGAGAGACGGGGGUGGGUGUUGAUGAGGCUCAUCGUGUAGGGGUGAGGUACCUUAGACAGGUACGGAGUGAGAUCCCAGCCCUACCUGCCUUUACGAUUUACCUCAGCUCAAGGGGGGCAGAAGAAGAGAAACCCAGCCAUUGGUACCUCAACUUGGCAUCUCAGCCUCCGUGCGAAGGGGCGCGGACGCCCGGGAAACGGGUAUCGCAACGGCUUGGAGUUGGGGCGUUGGGCUUGUGUGGGAGAUUGAGAUACCUGCGAUGCUAGUUUCGGCACGGCCCCCACGGCUUCUCUGUCUCGCUCUCUCUAGGCAGCCCUUUUGCUUUCCAAAUUUGGGAUAUGUGGAGGGCGAUGACAUGUACCCAAGGCAACCAAAGAAGAUUACGACCGGGGGCGGGUAAUAGUUGGAAAAAAAAAAAAAAAGGACCCAUGAAGGACAAGUUUUAGCCUUCUUUCUACUGAGGUACGAGGAAGUAUCGUAACACCUUUCCUCUUCCCUG